CCAAUGGAGUAGGAGAGGGUGGUGCUUCGCUUGCUGGCGGCGCGCGGGGUUGACUUUGUUUGAUUUUAACGGAUAUUUUUUCCGCCUCUCCGUUCGGCCUGAGCUUUCCCUUUUCUCAACUCGAGUCCCGGGGAGACAUCAGCGCCGUCCUGCACUCUCACCCCGUACCGAGUACGGGGCUCAGACGGAGUGAGCUCUUUUUGAAAUGUCAAACGGCCAAUCUUGCUACAGUAACGGUUACCUGGUAGACCUUGAUCUCAUGGCUGAGGAAUGCAAAGAUCAUGGGGAUGACAAUAUCAGAACCAACUUAAUUGUCAAUUACCUGCCUCAGAACAUGACACAGGAUGAGCUGCGAAGCCUUUUUGGAAGUAUAGGUGAAGUGGAAUCUGCCAAACUCAUCCGUGACAAGGUUGCAGGUCACAGCCUCGGAUAUGGGUUUGUGAAUUAUGUGGCUGCCAAAGAUGCAGAACGAGCUAUUAAUACACUUAAUGGUUUAAGGCUGCAAUCAAAAACUAUAAAGGUUUCGUAUGCUCGGCCGAGCUCGGACAGCAUUAAGGAUGCAAACCUGUAUGUAAGUGGUCUGCCAAAGACGAUGACUCAAAAGGAUUUGGAGCAACUUUUUGGACGUUAUGGUCGAAUCAUCACGUCUCGUGUUCUUGUUGACCAAGUCACAGGUAUGUCCAGGGGAGUGGCUUUUAUUCGCUUUGACAGGAAAUCUGAAGCAGAUGAAGCUAUCAACAACCUGAAUGGGCACAAACCACCUGGUGCUGUCGAACCUAUUACAGUAAAACUUGCAGCCAAUCCCAAUCAGAAAACAAAUGCAUCCUUGUUGGCACAGCUGUACCAUUCACCAGCAAGGCGCUUUCCAGGACCAUUGCACCAUCAGGCACAGAGAUUCAGGUUUUCGCCGAUGAGUGUUGACAAUAUGAGUAGUUUGUCAGGUGUGAACGUUGGUGGUCACAAUCCAUCUGGCUGGUGCAUCUUCAUCUACAACCUGGGCCAAGACGCAGAUGAGGGAAUCCUGUGGCAGAUGUUUGGCCCAUUCGGAGCCGUGACUAAUGUCAAAGUUAUACGUGAUUUCAACACCAACAAAUGCAAAGGGUUUGGCUUUGUAACCAUGACAAACUAUGAAGAGGCUGCCAUGGCCAUUGCUAGCCUGAAUGGCUAUCGCCUCGGAGACAAAAUUCUCCAGGUCUCCUUUAAAACCAGCAAGUCACACAAGGUGUAAUUUAAAACUUGUGCUCAUUUGUAAGCAUUUGAUUAGAAAUACACUGCUGAAAGGUAAAUAAGUCCACUAGUGUAAAGCAACUCUUAUUGUUGUGACAGAAGUGUUUUGUCUACCAUUCUAGAAGAAUAAGUGAAAAGGAUUUUUUUAUAUUAGUAAUCUGGGAUGCAACUAAUAUGAAAUGUUCAAAUGUUUGAUACAUUUCCUUCCAUAUUCCCCUCCUUUCUUCCUGAGCACCCAAAAAAAGGAGGGUAAAAUGCUGAACUAUAUUGUAGUUCUAUGGAUUUAAAAUAAUAUCGCUUUAAGUUGCAAUAUUCAUCCCAUUAUCAGUUGACUAAUAACCAGCUCUUGGUUGAUUCCUGCUUGCAUUGGAAAAGCAAUUUCAUAAAUGCGCUACUUGCUAGCAUAGGUUUAAUGCAUUAAUACUUUUUGAAUUAAAAUGCUGAUUGUCCCUGUAAGAUUAAUAUGUUGCAUAUUAAGUUCAUCCAGACCUCAGAGCCAUAGCUGUAAUAAGUUUUCUGUAGAUAAGUAAAAAUGGCACCUUCUGUCCCUUUCUUAUCAUGACAUGUGGCGGUAGAUGCAAAGCAGUUCAAUUUUAAUUCCUGUCAUGAGUAGACCAGUGAAUCAUAUUAAUGAGAUUUAGAUUGUCAGUACAAAAAUUGAGCAGGUUUACUAGAACAUUUGCCAAAUCUUUGGGUGAAAGGAACGUUUUGGUUGGAAAGUGUAGCAUAGAAUUAGCUGUAAUAUUAUCUUGGAGGUUUAAACCUUUGAACAUUUGUAAGUUUGUUGCACCCCACUUAGUGAACUCCAUUUCUUUUUUAAAAAAAAAAGUUUUUUUUUGUUUUUUGCAUAAUUGACAUGCUAAGUUGGGAUAAUGCGUCAGAAUAGAAAGUACUUAAAUGUUUUUCUCAUACAGGUUAGCUGUCAACACAAAGCUUUGUUAAAAUAGAUUUAAAGAAGACUAAUCUAAACGUUUUUACAACUGCCUUUGAAAUUAGUUAAUGUUCUGUUAUAUAAUUUCUUUUCAUUUUGUUUCCUUUGUUUUGUUUGACUAUUGAUUUUACUUUUGCAUUUAUGAUCAUUAAAUUUGUUUUGUUUUGCUCCAAUUUUGUUUAGUUUUUGUUAUUUUUCUGUUUUAAAAUUAAUUUGCUGUUUAGCGCUUCAAAAUUUUGUUUUACAAUUAAGGGUAGGGAUUGAGGGGCCAGUGUGCAGACAGGCACCUGAUCUUUAGGUACCCUACCAAAGAGUUUUACACCUUUUGCUGAAGUGGGCUUCACAGAGCAUCUAUUUUUAUAAACAAACUUUUUACAGGUGUGCUAGCAGGGGAUUUUGAGUGGAAAGUUUUGUAUGCCAACUGAUGAGCUUUUAAAUAAAUUAACCAGACUUGAACCUUCGGUAGACAGUUAGCUGUAGCUGACUUUUAAAUCUUUGUCAGAAUUUAAUGCAGACACAAAUCCACUGGUCCUGUUUGAAUGAAGACAGGUUGCAAAAAGGAAUGUGAAGUUGUAUUGCAUAUGUUUAGCACAUAGUUGCGAAUAAUGGUUGGAGAAACUAAGCUACUUCAACCCAUGGUAAUUGCGCAGUCAAACAUAGUUUCAAAUGUGUAUAGCAAAGGGAGCAGACACCAAUUAUAUCAUUGUUUUAGACUUGUUUACCUUUGUGCCAUAUGCACUGACAUGUUGAACACCAAAAUAUGAUUUUGAAUAUUUUUGGAACAUUUCAGUAAGUGAACAGUCAAGGCAAGUGAAUGUUAGUCAACCUCCUUUUCAGUUCCCAAAUUCCCAGUACUCAAAACACCUGGAGGAAGAACUUUGAGAAAAACAUACUUGUUUUAUAAAAAAACGAACACAUUUUAAUUUUUUAAAAGGUGUGGGAAAGCUAAUUGCAGUUUUUUGGAGUUGAGCGUAGUUGCCAAAUUUAGUCGAGACUGAUCUAAGGUUUGCAUUUCUUAGAUGAAGUCCUUUUUCUUCUAACUUUGUCCAACUCAUUAAGUUUCCAGUGCUAGAUCUCAUUUAGUCUUACUUCAGAAAAGAAAAAAAAGGGAAUAUUUCCUUAAAUGCCAAUUACAUGACAGUAGAAAAUAGAAGUUUUCCACACAAUAAGUUAUAUUUGAGAUAUAAUUUAUACCUGAAACAAUUAGGAUUAGUCUGCUAGAGGAGGAUAAAAACAGUUGGAAUAAGUGUGAGAGAGUGAGUAGAUUUUUUAAUGACAAUCUGACUUCUUAAAUUUUUUUCAGAGAUAAUUGUUCAUUUAUAAACUAAUUUCCUUAUUCCACUACCUAAAUUCCUUCUGUUAUGCAACCACUCAGAACUUGUAUGUAAGGAAACUCUGUUAUGAAAAGAUAAUCUGGUUGAUGGCAUGUGUAUUUGGUUGAGAUUUUCUGGUAAAAUCAGGUUUAGUGUGUAUGAAAAUUGAUUUUUGCUCAGACUUUGUAGUACUCCGCAAUAUACCUCUUUGCCACAAAUACAUGUGACAAAAGUUGUUUUGGUAUUUUGGGUGACUGAAUGGAGAAAACUUGUGAUAUCUGAAUUUUUUAAGCCCAUUUCUAGGCCAAUUUGUCUGUAGUAAUGAGACAGUAAUUCUACACAUAACUGAAAGAUCAACAAAACUAAUUUUGUGACUUGAAGACUGAUAGUAGUAUAUUUUUCAAACUAAAGAGUAACAUGCAGUUACUGCUUUGGUGCACACCAUGACCAUUGCUUUUCGAUCCCCCAUCUACACUUCAGAAUACUGUACAACUGGAUUCAAGUUGUGCUGGUCUUAAUCCAUAAUUUGUUCUUGCUGUCCACAUAUUUACAGCACAACAUCUAGUUGAUACAAAUUGAAUUCUGUCUAAUAUCAUGUCAGCUUGCACAAUGUGUAUAAUACCAACUCUGCACUUUUUCCAAAAUACAAACUGAAAACUCAUUAUAGUGAACAAAUAUCAGACAGUGCUGCAGUUAGUUGCAUACACCGUCUUUUUUUGUGCCCACAAUUUCUUUUUUCUGGUGGGAAAUUGGGAAAACUUAAUCCAAAAGGACACUAAAUUAUUUUCUUAAUUUUAAGCAAAAAGCCAAUUAAUUUGAUGAACCAGAUUUGCAUCUCCUUAUAGCGAUUCACAACAGAUUAGUUGCCUUAAUUUAAAAAAUUUACAAAUCAAGAGUAUAAUUUCGUUUGCACAUCCCAUUAAUUCCUGAAUUGCAGGGAUAUUAGUGUCAGUACUUCUAAUUUCUUACUAUCCUAAUUGAUUAUUCUGCAAUUCCAAAUAAUUGUUUAUAAUGGUACUUCUUUAUUCUGUGAUAGAUAUUUAAGUGUAGUUGUAAAGGAUUUCUGUUCAGUUUAGAAUGUUUUCGAUAUUUUUAAUUUUAAAAUACCAUCCAUCAGUGCUUGAGUUCUUAACAAUUCCUGUGAAGGCUGGACAGCUAUGCAGAUGAGAUUAGUUUAUCAACAAAAUGGUUGCAUUUAAUACCUUGUUCUUCUCCCUUCCCUUCCCCAUCUCCCAUUUAUACAUCUUUUACCUAAACUAAGAUUUUCAGUGCUUUUCUUCAGCUUAAUUACUCAGUGCUUCAAAACAAAUUCCUAACCAUAUAUUUAUUUGUCUUUUUAUUAUUCUAACCAUCCGACCCCUGCUGUCAUUUGCUAUCACAGUACCAGUACCAUCGAACAAUUUAGCAUAAUUCCAGUAUGAAUUUUACUUUCAACUGCAAAACUUAGGCCAGGAGGGUUGAUGGGUUGUUGUUUUUAGUGUCAUUGUCAGAAGAAGAGUGGUGUCUGAAAUAUUUUGGACUAUUUUUAAAAAGGAAAUUUAAAUGGUUCCUUUCUUUCUUCAUUGGUUCUCACCGAAUUGUUUUGUCCUUUUAUUCAUUCCUAAAUAGAGCUGUAAAUAUAUUUUGAAGCGACCUGAUUUUUCCAGUCAGUUUUUGCAGUCAUUCAAUGGCCGUUGCAACGGCUGAAGCCCCACUAUUUAUUUUCCCCUGCAAGUUCUACUUUGGCAUGAAUAAUUUAUGUUCUCACACUUGAGCUAGGCUUUUAAAAUGUUAAUAAAAGAUUGAUUAGGGACACCUGAAUUAUACCACUUGGAGUACGAGAUUUGCAUAGUGCUAACCAGGCUGUUUGAUGGAAACUCUGGCAAUCUAGUUUUGAAGUUAAAAAUCACAACACCAGGUUAUAGUCCAACAGGUUUAUUUGAAAGUACAAGCUUUCAGAGCAUUACUCCUUUGUCAGGUAGCUAGUUUCCUAGUUUCAAACCACUGGAUCUCUUAUGAUUCUUGCUUAGUUUGUAAUGGGAUAUAAAAGAACUGUACCAGAGCUGAGGAAUUUUGGAUUAUGCAAUCAGAUGCAUUUUCCAGGACUUCAGUUUUUCCGAAUUAGGCUGAUUACUGCAAAUGCCUGUGCCUCCUUCGAUUUUCCAUCCCUUAGCAGAAUUUGCCGCUUAUCACCUCAAAAACAGAAUGUUGUUUGUCAUGUUGCUAUUGCUUAUGUUUUUCAAAAAUGUAUUUAAAAACUAUUUGUGGACUUCUGUGACAUAAGUCAAUUUUUCUUUAGGAAAGGACAAGCUCUGCAAAUCUCAAUUUCUAAUUGACAUGGAAAUAGCACGAUUUUCUUUUUAGUUCACUGCAGGCUUAAGGUUAUGGAAGUAAGCCUGUUUCCACUGUCAUUAUUUUAAUUGGGGAAAGAAGCAAGUCAAGUAGAAAAUUUUAUCUGGCAUGUAGCAAUUUUGAUAUUAUCUAUUGCAAUUUAAACAUCAUGGACAAAAUCUUUCAAGUUUAAUUGCAUCUGCAGUGCAUCCAAUGUGGGAUCAUUUUCUACCUUCCGUAUUUUAUUCAGGGCUUAGACUAGCUUAUGUUGUUUACUUUUAGCAAGUUUAGGAAGUAUAAUUAUGAAACUCCUUUAUGUUUUAGGAAGAGACCAUGAAGAGCUCAGUGAGUUUAUCUAGUGAGUAGCAAAGACAAAAAAGUAAGGAUGGCCACUGAUUUUAAUUCUGAUCUGUGGUCUGAGCUAGCUGGUCUGAGCCAAAUGGUUGCAUUGCAGUUAGCUUCAGUGUUCUUGGUUUUGGGGAAAUUAGUCACUGUAGCCAUUUACGAUCCCAAUGCAAAAGUCCCUGCUGGAAGUGAUGCUGAAAGAAGUUAGAAUGUUUUUGGCUCCAAUGAUCUCUCUUCUGAAUUUUACUUUCCCUUUUACCCUACAAUUGAAGUUGUUAUAAAUACUCCAUAAGCAAGCUACAGGAGGACAAAAAGCAUCACAACAGCAAGGUUUCAUCUUCAGGGCAGAAGAAACAGAAAACUCUCAAAAAAGGGGUUGUUUCUGACCCAGUAGCUUUUUUUUUAGAGCAAUUAUAUGUUGCUCAGUGCUAACCACUGUAAAGUAAUGUGAAUUAUCUUUAUUACUCCUGAGGAAUUUAACCAGUCAUUUGGGAACUUACAUUCUUUAGCAUUUUGAGUAAAGGAAGUUAUAUUAAGAGUAAGCUUAUUUUACAAUAAAUGUUACUUUUUAGAAUUCUUGCUCCAUCUUAACUAGUGAAUAUAUUUAUUCCAUGAAGUUUGACAUAAUUUGAGUGAAAACAUACAAGGAAGAGCAUUCGCGUUUAUUUCCACUACUCAUAAGAAAUAUGUGUUGUUGGUUUUCACCUCCCUAUAUAGGUGUCCAUUAAACACUUGCAAAGGUGACCUUUCUAAUAGUCUGUGGUCAUUGUCCCACUCAGCACUGAACAAACUUUACUUACCAAGAGUUGCUAUUCUAAGGCGGUUGUAUAAAAACAAAAGUCAUGAUAAUUGAAAGGCUAUUAAUUUGGGGACUUGGAAAAGGGGGACAGAAAGAGAUUGUUUGAACAAAGCCAUUUUCCCCGAUCCUAAGAUGAAAUACUUAGAUAUGAGUCUGUCUGUAUUCUUUGCAAGAUUUUUGAAAAGAACAAGGCCAGAACAUGUUAGACUCUGCAUUCCAAACUAAGCAGGUACAAUGGAGACAGGACCAGUGGAUAUCAAAAGUAUACAUUAGCUGAAAUGGAAGCAGUGCUAGCAGAGUUGUGUAAUAUGAAAAAAUAACCUCCAAAAAGAGAACAGUAAAGACUUCAUGUGUCAUUUUAAAUAACAUUAAGAAUGGAAAUGGGACCAAGGAUUAGUUAUUAGCACCAUCUUAAGAAACAACAUGGCAAGUCAGAGAUGUGCUAAGAGGUGAAGUAUGCAGUUUCCUAAUCAACUUAUAAGAUUGGUUGCAGCGCUGGGCCUUUCAUUUAUUUUGGUUGCAUCAUUUUAUUUAAUUUUGUACUUUAAGUAUUACUGUGACUAAAAGUUAAAUAUAUUCACCUGUAGUGUCAUCUGCAGAAUACUUUCAGAUUUGAUGUUACACCUGGGUUCUGUUACCUGAAAUAUGCUUGUUUGGGUAUUAAUGGAAAUCUCUGCUUAAUGUUGUGGUAAACUGUAGUAGACUUCAUGCACUUGAAGCCAAUACUGAGAGUCACAGAAAUGCUGAAAUUUUUAAUUCAAGGCCUUUUUAUUGCUGUGUGUAGUUUGUCUAUGCACAACUACUUGAAUUCAGAUUUAAGGUACAAAGUAUGAAUGCCACACCAAUCUAUCUUUAUAUGUUACUUGUAUUUCCAACAAGUAUGAAAUGCUUUAUAAUAGUUGCAGUAGGUGCCCAAUUUAGUUUGAUUUAAUUUUGAACUGCAUUUAGCAUGAAGGACCACAUAAAUAUGAAACUUUUUUUAUAUAUAGAGGAAAUGAAUAGCACUUUAAAAGAGUAGCUCUAUAACAAAUUUGAAUAUCUGUAUGCCCCUUGAACUGUUGUCCAACCAUGUGAAAUGAUGGCUCGGCAAAGCUGAUUUGUAAUUACAUUCUCUCAAACCUUUAAAUUCCUGAAACGUAUGGCAGUUAUUUCAAUUAGGAAUGUAUUUUUUUACGGUCUGAUUAUUGUUCUGCUUUACUACUGUUUUUAUCAAAUUGUUGACACUGAAGAAUUAUGGAGACACAGUGUAAUGUAACUAAUUGGAUAAGAGGGUAUUUUAGGAUUUGUUGGAGAGGUGCAUUUUUUUUCAACUUAAGCACCAGAAUUCAGAAAGUGAAACUUGUCAAAAUAUAAAUUUUAGUUAACUGCCAAACUUCUGUAAAAAUGUAUAUGAUAGUCCACUGAUUUAGUUUUUGAGUUGUACUAUUAUUUGUAGUUUUAGAUUGAAACUAUGCUUAUAAGCAACUAACAUAGUUUUCCUGUAAAAGCAGAAGAUUGAGUGCUCUAAUUUUUUUAAUGAAAGGUAUGAUGGAGAUAACUGAACAAUACAUUGACAUUGUAAAAGUAAACAUCGAGUCCUUUUUUUAAGUUUCUCCUUGAAUUCUGAAUGUAUUGGUCUAGUUUAAAUUAACCACACUAAUUUUGUGCUUUGCCUUAAACAGUACAUAGUGUGUGGGACUAUAUCACAAGUUCUGAUGCAUAUACUGGCAUGUGCAAUAGGGCAAGGAAGCAUAUGGGAGUUGAAUUGUUCUGUUAAUAGGCUGAUUCAGAUACAUGUACAGUUGAGACAGUUUUUAAUUUGGCUGUAAGUAUUUUAGACCCAAUGGAUGCAAAUGUCAAUUUGCAUUGUUUUUCAAGUUUUCCCUAUACUUGAGCCAUGUUACAAACUAGCCUGAACGACACUCAUAUAAAUAAGGCUAAAGUAAGAAAGGAUUACUUUGAAUCUUCUUAACACUUUGAAAUGGAACAAAUGUUCACACUGAAAUUUCCUGUUCCUUGGUAAAGUUUGGAAAAAAAAGCUGAGAUGGACAGUAUAAGCAGCUUAGGACAUUGCAUAACAAAUUGCCCUAAUGUACGUAACAUGAGACAUGACAUGACAUGACAGCCACUACAAGUUAAAGUACCUUCCAUUUAAUAAUGAUGCUAACUUGAAUAUUCAGCACCACACGUACUGAAAAAUGGAGUGAUUUAGGUGAAACUCCAAGAAACAUGGAGAAUCUAAUAUUCCAAGGAUUGGAAAAUAUGGUUCAGUGCGGAGAUUAAAGAUUGUCUGGAAUAACAGAGAAAUCAGUCAUCAGUUUUGAGAUCUAGCCACAAUGAAGGGAUGGGUGUAAUGAAUUUAAAAGUUGUAUGUUGCUUUUUUUUUUGAAGAGUUAAGUAUUGCAUGGCAGCUAGUAGGAAUUAUUUUUCAUUAAUGCAGUACAAGAUAUAGUUCUUGGCAAGGUAGAUGUGCCUGGGCUUAAUGUGUACUGACAGUUGGUGGAUGUAAAUGUUUAUAUACUGUUGCUUUAUUUUAGUUUGCUACAAAGCCAGAAGGCUAUUUAAGUUAUUAAACAUUUUUGUACUUAAUUUAUUUUCUCACCAACAUUAAAUUAUGUUUGAUUCUGUUUUAAAA